AUGGCUUUCUUCGCCACCUGCAUUGCCGUCGUGGCUAGCUUCGUCACUCUUACCUCUGGCUCACCUGCAGAUGCAAUGGGCGCAGCAGUGACCUCAAACUCGAAAUCCUCCCUUACACUUAUCUACCAGAACAAUCUGAAUGGUUCGGACGACAGAAACCACAUUGGAGCUCUCGUCCUUGAUGCUACCCCUGGAUCGAAUGUCGCUGCAGCUUGUGCAGCCUUGAACGAGAAGCCUCUCUCUAAGGCUUCCCUACAACAGCACCAGUCGGAAUUCAUCAAAGCUUUAUUGUAUCAGGACUAUGCCAGGUACAACGAUGCCAGCAAGGGGUUCUACAUUGACAAUGGCACCGUUGCUGUCAGCAAACAACUGACAUUUGCUUCGGUAUCUGGAUCCUCGAACAAAAACCUCCCAGUCCUAUGCACCCAAUCUGCAAACAACGGAUCAUCAAACGCGAGACCCGUCAACGGCAGUGAGAUCACUCUAGCGUCGAAUGGCAACACAUUUGUUGGAUAUCGCAACCAGAAGUCAUUCCGUUUCCUUGGUAUCCCUUACGCAGACACACCUCAACGGUUUAAGUACUCCUUGGUGUACUCGAAGAAGGGCCAGACCAUCCGGGCAACGUCAUAUGGGUCACAGUGCGCGCAGGGUGGAUCAGGCAGUGAGGACUGCUUAUUCUUGAAUGUUCAGACGCCAUAUAUCCCCAAAGUAGGCUCGAAACAAAAGCUGCGCCCUGUCAUGUUCUGGAUCCAUGGUGGAGGCUUUACAGGAGGUAGUGGUGCAGAUGGGCUCUCCGAUGGUGGCAAUCUCGCAAGCAAAGAAGACGUUGUGGUUGUUUCGAUCAAUUACCGCCUCUCAACACUGGGCUUCUUGGCUGUCCCUGGGACCGACAUUAAGGGAAACUUUGGUAUUGCAGAUCAAAUUACUGCACUCGAUUGGGUCGUUGCAAAUAUUGCGGCUUUCGGAGGAGACCCUAAGAAGAUCACGAUCGCUGGUGAGUCCGCCGGUGCCGGCUCGGUACGUACACUGCUCGGGUCUCCUCAGGCAAUCGGCAAGUACCAAGGCGCAGUAUCCAUGUCUAACCUCGGAGGUGGCGUAACUCUGGGCCUGAAGGGCGACUAUGGCACAACGUACUCGACUUACUACACCAUCGACCAGUCAUACGCUGUUGCUGGACCUCAGAUCUUCGCCGCGGUAGGCUGCAACGGUACUGAUGUCUCAAGCCAAAUCGCUUGUCUUGGAAAAGUGCCCGCUGCCACCCUCGUGGGUGCCUCGACCGUUGCUCGCUAUGUUGUGCAGGACGGCAAGUACGUCAACACACCAAACCUUAUUCUCUCGACCCGCAAUGGCAGUACUGCUCACAUUCCUGUUAUCUUCGGUAUCAUCCGCAAUGACGGGGCAUCAUUCUCUACAUAUCCAAAGACACCCAUUGCCAACCAUACUCAAGGUCUAGAGGCGGCGCUCGGUAUCAACUCCACCUGGGCUGAGAGGGUCAUUGCCUCGAAUUUGUUCCCUCUCACCAAUACUGGAAACCUGACCCUUGAUUCAUUCAACGUAUCUCAGCGUAUCGCAACGGACAAGACGUUCCGUUGUGUGGACCAAGCCACAGUCUAUGCUGGCGCUCAGACCAAAGCUUUCCAGAAGGCCUACUACUACCAGUUCGAGCGCACGAUCGGUGGCUACGAUCCCAACAACCUGGGUGGGCCUAAGGACAACAACCCCAAGAACCCUUACUUCCGUUUCCAUGGUGCCGACAUGCCCUGGGUGUUUGGAACUCUGGGCACGAUUCGCGAACCGGAGGACUUGUGGUCAGAACAGUUGGUGUCGAGCUACUUCGGAUCUUUUGUAAGGAAUGGCGACCCUAACCCAGAGUUGAAGUACUUGCAAGUCAGAGGCUACGAUAAAGUGAUCGAGGGCGUGAAGAAUUACGGCCAGUGGAGUCAGGUGGAUGGAGGAAAGAAGAGCGGUGACGAGGUUAGACAUCUGGACUGGCCAAGUACGAAUACUGGUUUUGUAGAUGUGGAGCAGUGCAACUGGCUAGGUUACCCACUCGAUUACUACCUCAAAGGUGGUAUCUGA